GAGAGGACCAGCCAUUUUACUUAUGGAAAGCAGUGUGGCAUAGAGCUUCACGGUGGAAGAAGCAUUUCUAUUUUAAAAAAAUCUUUUGAAAGAAGAGAGCCACAAUGGGCAUGCUAGUGCACAAUCAUUGCAGCCACGUGUGCCUGCAAGCUGCCCCUGCGACAAGCUGUUGACCGCUGUUGCAAUUAGCUGAUUGGAGAACGGGGAAUGCAGGGUGAUAAUGCUGCGUAUCAGCUCGCGGGCAGCAGCAGGAAAGGGUUUUGUCUCGGGAAGGCAAGCCUUCCCCGCACAGUUAUCUCAGCAGCUCCCCAGCUGAGAGAACCGGGGCUCUGAAAAGAGGGUGACUCCCUCUCCUAGCACAGGUCCUGUGCGAGGCUGCUGCUUGCAGGUCUGGGAAAGCAGGUGUGUGCUCGGAUGGGCACUGGGCUGGAACGCAGGCAGCCGCUCUCGGGUUCACCUGCUUCCUGGGAACAGACUGUUAGCUCCGAGCAUCUGCUCCCGCACGCUGAAGCUGAGGCUGAGAAAGGGGCUCCAGGCGUCCCACUUGACUGACGGAGACCCUUGGAUUGGACUUAAUCUUAAACCUCUGGAGGUCAAGACCUUUUUAAAAAGGGCUAAAUAAACAAUCUCUACACGGGAAAAGGCCACGGACUCCCGCUUCCUCUGUGGAGCAACUGUGAAGUUCAGCCUCUUCAAGAGCCAGCCUAGGACAGACUCAUAUACCCUACUGAUCUGGGUGCAUUUCUUCAGAAGCUCCCUCCCUUUCCCUUUGUGGCCUGGCUCCCACUUGAGACCCAAACAGCUACAUUCUAACCAGAAGAACAAAGUGAGAGAGGCUAGCAUGGUGCUUGCUUUAAAGACCAUCACCUCUUGAAACACGAGGCCCCCGUGACUCCCUCGCAGGACCACUGGGAAAACUGAAGACUUUAAUAACAAACCCUUCCAGGUGAAAAUGAAUACAGGGCGUGAUUCUCAGUCUCCAGACUCAGCGUGGAGAUCUUACAAUGAUCGAAAUCCAGAGACACUGAACGGAGAUGCCGCAUAUUCCUCUCUUGCAGCAAAAGGUUUCAGAAGCGUCCGACCAAACCUGCAAGACAAAAAAUCACCAACCCAGGCACCCAUUCCACCAGGCAGGAAAGAGAGCUUUUGCCAGUCUUUGAUAACCGAUCAAACAAAGGGUGACAUUUUAGAUUCAAUAGUAACUAACACAGAAAGCCCAUGGCGUACAGAGAGCUUUCCUAACCUUAAACUUCUCCAUGGAGCUAUGCAUUCUAGUGAAGAUUCUAACCAGACAAUAGUGUAUUCUGAGGAAUCCAACAGAACUGUGUCAUACACACAAAAAAUCACUAAUCCACUACCAGCAUCCCCCAGCUCCAGUCCUGCACCAUUUGGAGACACUAACACGUUUCUACAAGAGGACUACAUGCAAGAUUCUCAAACCCGAAGAAUUUCUACCUUGAAACUAACCCAUAAUCAGAACCAAGGGAAUGGUUCCCCCUUUAAACCACCACAGUGUUCCCAGCCCACUGAUGUCCCAUCGUCUCUGAAAAGGUCUUGCUCACCAACCCGUAGCCCCGGACCGAACACACACACAGCAGCUCUCUCCAUUCAGAUAGCUCCCCAUUCAGGACAGGAUCUUGAAAGCCACCAACAGUUCCCUGAACUGCCUCCAGAAAGUGAAAAGAUGCCUCUUCAGCAAGAGAGACAAACAUCUACAGAUGCCGAGACCUGUCUGACCCCAGCGAGCCAGAUAACCAUCAAUGGCAACUCUGGCGGUGCUGUGAGUCCGGUCAGUUACUAUCAAAGGCCAUUCUCCCCUUCCGCGUACUCCCUUCCAGCCUCGCUCAACUCCAGCCUUAUCAUGCAGCAUGGCAGGUCGCUUGAUUCUGCAGAGACCUAUUCCCAGCAUGCCCAGUCUCUGGACGGCACCAUGGGAGGCUCCAUCCCACUCUACAGAUCCUCAGAGGAAGAGAAGAGAGUGACAGUUAUCAAAGCCCCGCAUUACCCAGGGAUUGGCCCCGUGGACGAGUCCGGCAUCCCCACAGCCAUUAGAACGACAGUCGACCGGCCGAAGGACUGGUACAAGACAAUGUUCAAGCAAAUUCACAUGGUCCACAAGCCGGAUGAGGACACAGACAUGUAUAAUACUCCUUACACAUACAACGCAGGUCUGUACAACUCGCCCUACAGUGCUCAGUCACACCCUGCUGCGAAGACCCAGACCUACAGACCCCUUUCCAAGAGCCACUCAGACAACGGCACCGAUGGUUUCAAGGAGACGCCUUCCCCAGUGCCUCCCCCGCAUGUCCCACCACGGCCAAGAGAUCAAUCUUCGACAGAAAAGCAUGACUGGGACCCUCCAGACAGAAAGGUGGACACCAGAAAAUUCCGAUCGGAGCCAAGGAGCAUUUUUGAGUACGAACCUGGGAAGUCAUCCAUUCUGCAGCAUGAAAGACCCCCCCCUGUCCCACCAACUCCGACACCUGUUCCCAGGGAACCCAGCCGGAAGCCUCUCUCUGUGUCACCCUCGACAGAUGGCCUGCGUAGCCCUUCCCCUCCACCCCGGAGCUGUGUCCCCGCACCCCGUCAGAGUCCGAGCGCCCCAGCUCUCUCUCCCACCCGGACUGGUCGCAUAAAUCCAGAUGACAUAGACUUAGAAAAUGAACCCUGGUAUAAAUUCUUUUCAGAACUGGAGUUUGGACGCCCGCCUCCUAAAAAGCCUCUGGAUUAUGUUCAAGAUCAUUCUUCCGGUGUUCCCGAUGAGGCCUCCAUCUAUCAGCCCUCCAUUGACAGAAGCCUAGAAAGACCCAGCAGUCAAAUGACACUGAUUCCGUCCGUCAGCUCUGCGAGCAUGGCUGGGGACUUUCGGAAGCGGAGGAAGAGUGAACCUGCCGUGGGCCCACCCAGAGGCCUGGGGGAUCAGAAUGUGAGCAGGACCAGCCCCAGCCGGGCAGACCUCCCAGGAUCAAGCUCCACAUUUACGAAGUCGUUCAUUAGUUCUUCUCCUUCCUCUCCCUCAAGAGCCCAAGACCAUGAGUCCCCUAGAAGUUACUCAUCUACUUUGACUGACCUGGGAAGAAGUGUAUCACGGGAACGAAGAGGAACUCCAGAAAAAGAGAAACUGCCUGCAAAAGCUGUCUAUGAUUUCAAAGCUCAGACAUCUAAGGAGCUAUCAUUUAAGAAAGGAGAUACUGUCUACAUCCUCAGGAAAAUUGACCAGAACUGGUACGAGGGGGAGCACCACGGGAGAGUGGGCAUUUUCCCAAUCUCAUACGUAGAGAAACUGACGCCUCCAGAGAAAGCACAGCCCGCCAGACCACCACCCCCAGUCCAACCUGGAGAGAUUGGAGAAGCCAUAGCCAAAUACAACUUCAAUGCAGACACAAACGUGGAACUCUCUCUGAGAAAGGGCGAUAGGAUUGUUCUUCUUAAAAGAGUUGAUCAAAACUGGUAUGAAGGCAAGAUCCCAGGAAGCAACAGGCAAGGCAUCUUCCCUGUUUCCUAUGUAGAAGUCAUCAAGAAGAACGCAAAAGGUGCUGAGGACUACCCCGACCCUCCCAUACCCCACAGCUACUCUAGCGAAAGAAUCCACAGCCUAAGCUCCAACAAGUUGGCUUCCAGUGAACAGACCUGUCUUCCUGUAUCUAAUGCUCUGCCCAGCACAGAGAAAGGAGACCUACAGGGAACUGCCCAAGAGUGGCUAUCCCUGACAGACUGGUGUCUGCCAGCAAACCCAUUGGCUCCAACACCAUCCUCUGUCCUCGACAACUUCUUGGUUGAAUUAGAGAAGUUUAGCGCUUUAACCUUACCAUCUGACCAGGCCAAAACGAACAUCCCAGACCAGGUCAUCCUUGAAAUUAAGGAGGAGCCCUCUCACCACCCCCUCUCACUACCUCCAGCAUCUCUACCAGUCAAAUCACCUCUCUGUCUCUUACCUUCUCCUUGCUUGAGUAUCACCUCAGCUGGGGCCCAGCCUGAUGAUCCAGUGUCUCUUCAGGAUCCCACGAUGGAUGCACAAAGCAAAUUCAUAGAUUUGAAUAAAAAGAGAAGACGCAUUUCAGACCCUACCAAAAUUCUUGAAGUCCUAGGCGAUAAAUUUGUGGCCUCUGCAUGCACCAAUGUGGGUGCCUUGGCUCUAACUCUUCCUGUCAUUGGAGAGGAGGAUGAGGACACUCAGGAGGGGCUAGCAUACCAGAGACGGAUGCCGGGAUCUCGAGAGCAAGCUAUCACGUGGUAUGACCACAGCAAUGCAGAGGAGACACUGCAACUGCACAUCAAGGAGGAGGAAGAAGAGGAGGACCCUGACUGCUUAAACGACUCCCUAGGCAUUCGCACACACCCUAGGACCCCCAGAGAAGACUUCAAGGCAGCAAAAACCAGUAGUGAGCCACCUUCAUUUGCUUCGGGAGAUGGAACUGCCACGCCUUUCCCCAGCUAUCUGUCUCCUUCCCCUCCAUGUCAUUCUUCUCUGGCCUCUAUCUCUGACCUGGCCUGUGAGUGCUUUCAGCCAACCCAGGCCUCCUCACCUCCUCUCCUUCCCAAAUACCCUCAUCAACAGGAGAUAAGUUCACCAGAACCAAAGGCUGAUUUAAAAAGCAAGACAUUUGUCCCGGGUAAGCCGCCUCGUAGCCCAGUGAUGUCUAAGAGGUCCAGCAGUUCACCCGUCAGCAGCUCCCACAGGCCACAUCGUUCUGUGUUCACUCAUGACGACAUUCAAGGUCAGGGGGAACCGUUUCAGGCUCUGUAUAACUAUACUCCUAGGAAUGAAGACGAGCUGGAGCUCAGGGAGAGCGACGUCGUGGAUGUCAUGGAGAAGUGUGAUGACGGAUGGUUCGUGGGAACUUCGAGAAGAACCAAAUUCUUUGGGACUUUUCCCGGAAACUAUGUCAAGAGGCUGUGAAUCGCCUUCUUCCUUAAUUACUCCCCAUUUCCGCCACACAUCCGCACAGCUCACCUGGAACAUCCCAGCAGGCCUGCCGCUGCCAUGCCUUAUGGUUUCCCAAGGCCAAUACCAUCUCCACCUGCCGCCACCAAAUCACCAGCAGCAACUGCCGCUGUGAGCCUUAGGGAAAGGUGGCAAACUUACACCCGCAUCAAUGCGGUUUCCUGCUUUCUGCCCUGAACUUUAAAAUCUCUGUGUAUGCAAUCAGAAUGAAGGUCAUCAUACUUAAAAAGAGUGGAAGAGUUAAGGCAGAAAAAAAAGAGGAGAGAAAAAGAAAGAAAGAAAGAAAGAAAGAAAGAAAGAAAGAAAGAAAGAAAAGAAGAAAGGAAGAAAGAAAAGAGACUCUAUAGGAGGCUGGCUAGUCUCAUCACAGCUGUAUCUCCCCCUCUCUAGGUGGUGUUCUGUCCUCAGAAACCAGAGACUGUUUUCUGAAAUGCGGUGGUUUGCAUUUUCACCCUCAGCUUGGCAGUGUGUUUUCCUUUCACGAGUUUGCCUAGUGCCCUGGUUUUCACUGUAUAACAACUACACUUCAGCUAUUGUUUGCCUGCACUUAUUAUAUAUUGUUUUAUGCACAGUGAUUUAUAAAAUCUAGAGCGAGUAGGAAGGUUAACUGGGAUGGCUCUGAUUUCUGCUGAUUGCAUUAAGUUUUCACCGAGGAGUCUUAUCCUGCCCAUUUUUUGUGUACUUAUUAGAAGUGCAAACAGUGUGAGUGAUUCAGAAGCCGUUGGUCACUACCAUGACUAUCAUGAAGGUUUAGCCACACUGCGGGACAAAUCGUGUUGUAAAUUUGCAUUGCUGUUUUAUAUUAAAAUGUAAUCAUCAGCAUCAUGAACAAUGAGCUCUUAGUGUUUUAUUUAUCUGUAAAACUUCAAAAGCAGUGUUAGUAGGAGAGGCAAAGAGAUGAAAGUUAACACCCAUAGGUGGGUUUCACUGCGUGUACACUUACACAUAAGGACAUAUAAAUCAUAUGCUAUGUUGUACAUUUUAUGGAAAUGUAAAAGAAUCCCACAUUAUUUUAUAGAGUACUUCAGGAGCAUCCUGAGUGUUAAGGCUGGCUUUAGCAAGGACUGUGAUCAAUACAAUUAUUUUUACUACAAUAAUUAUUUUUCUUCUAUGAAACCCAGAAUCCUGACUCCAUUUGCAGACAGGAAUAUAUAUGUUGAGCCUGAUUUUUCUGGUGUGUGUAAAAUGCUUCCUAGAAAUAAUGAGGCAGUUUUAGAAAUAAUGGUUAAAUCAUUCAGGUUGUAUUUCCUGCCCCCAAACAGUUCUACAAAAUGAUACCAAACCUGAAAGAUUUAAUGGAUUCACAGUGCCUGUGUUCCACAUACUCUGAGACUUAGCUUUGUAUUUUGAAUGAAUUUGCAUAAGAUCUGUUCGUCUUUGAACCUUUAGCACCUUAUAGACAAAACUUUUUAUGGCUUUCCUCAGUGGACAAUGCUUGAUCUCACACAACAUGUAGACUCUAGCAUUUUGUAUAUAUAUGUUUGUUCUUUUCUUUUGUACAGACUAUUUACUUGUUCAGAAAAUGGGGAUUUCCCAACUUGGUCUUUAUCCUGCACUUAAACUGAGUUUAAACUCUUCCGGCAGGUCUCCCUUUAGGCUAUCUUCACAGAUCACAGACUAGGAUGAAUCUGGAAGAUAACAUCAACACAAAAUUCUAUGAAUUGGAAAGAUCUUUGUAUCCACCCUGAAAUGCACAUAGAUACUGGCUACAUCACUAAGGGGGUAGGGAUAAAAACACCUUUGAGAAGUUCACUUUACUCUCCAGUUCAUGACCAGCUUUCUAUUAGGAAAACUUGGGAUUGGCAGUCAGCCAGCCAUGUGCAGCUUUGCUGCUGAAUGACUACUUCUUUUUCACACCAUUUAUGAAAACAAACCUUCAACUCUGCUGCCUGUUCUAUUUAAGAAAAUUUGCUGUUUCUACUCUCUGUAUCUGAUUUUAAAAGGGAAAAAUAUUCAUACCUGUCUUUCAGGUGAUUGACUUUGAAUUCUUACAAAGCAAAGGUCGUUGUGUUUUUCUUGAGUAGAUACCUAAUAAAUUUUGCUUGAAAGUA